AUGUCAGAUAAUGAGAAGAUUAAUCAUCUGCUGGAAAGAGCAGGCCCAGUGCGCCUGUCUCCGGAGGAAGAGAGGCUGCAGUGGUCUAUAAAGAGAAAGCCGUGGUCUACAGGGGGCUCUGCACUCUCUGUGCACUGUGUGUGUGUGUUGGCUGGAGACUGGGUAAGAGAUACUUCAGCAUCCAGACCGUGCAACAAAAGAGUCCUGAGACCCGGCCACCACUCAAAAGCGGCGUUGAGAGAAACCAAUAUCAUUACUGGCAAUGCAAGAGUAUGCGCGCUGAAAAGGCCAGAGAGUGAAUGGAGCCCGAUGGGUUUUCACCGAGGUCAAGAGGGGCAGCGCUAG